AGGGAGGGAGGGCGGCAGGAGCCCAGGUUGGGCAAACUCCGAGGCAGCGAGAGCAGUGGUGGUGGCGGCGGCAGUGGCAGCCUCAGUAGCACUGAAGACUUCCGGUGGCGUGAACCGCGGUCAUGGACCAUAUCACGGUGCCCAAGGUAGAAAAUGUGAAAUUAGUGGAUCGUUAUGUGGGUAAGAAACCAGCUAAUGGGAUUCUAUAUCUUACUGCAACCCACCUGAUCUAUGUGGAGGCUUCUGGUGCAGCCCGGAAAGAAACAUGGAUUGCACUGCAUCACAUUGCCACUGUGGAGAAGUUGCCCAUCACUAGCCUGGGCUCUCCCCUGAUCCUCCACUGCAAGAACUUCCGGGUGGCACACUUUGUUUUAGACUCUGACGUUGUGUGCCAUGAGGUUUAUAUUUCACUGCUCAAGCUUUCUCAGCCAGCAUUACCUGAAGAUCUGUAUGCUUUUUCUUAUAAUCCCAAAUCCUCAAGAGGGAUGAGGGAAAAUGGAUGGAAACUGAUUGACCCAAUAUCAGACUUUGGGCGUAUGGGAAUACCCAAUAGGUACUGGACCAUAACAGAUGGGAACAAAAACUAUGAGAUAUGCAGUACCUACCCUCCCGAAAUAGUGGUUCCUAAAUCUGUUACCUUGGGAACGGUAGUUGGAAGUUCAAAGUUCAGAAGUAAAGAACGUGUCCCUGUGCUCUCCUAUCUCUACAAAGAGAACAAUGCUGCCAUUUGCCGCUGUAGCCAGCCUCUGUCUGGAUUUUACACUCGCUGCAUAGAUGAUGAGCUCUUGCUAGAGGCUAUUAGCCAAACGAACCCAGGGGGCCAGUUUAUGUACGUUGUAGACACAAGACCAAAGUUGAAUGCCAUGGCCAACCGAGCAGCUGGGAAGGGUUAUGAAAACGAAGACAACUAUGCCAACAUUCGCUUCAGGUUCAUGGGGAUUGAGAACAUCCAUGUGAUGCGGAGCAGCCUGCAGAAACUCUUGGAAGUUUGUGAAUUGAAAACUCCAACAAUGAGUGAAUUUCUUAGCGGCCUGGAGAGCUCAGGGUGGUUGAGACACAUUAAAGCUAUUAUGGAUGCUGGAAUUUUCAUUGCAAAGGCGGUGAAGGUAGAAAAGGCCAAUGUCUUAGUCCAUUGUUCUGAUGGGUGGGACCGCACAGCACAAGUCUGCUCUGUGGCCAGCAUCCUCCUAGAUCCAUUUUAUAGGACAUUCAAAGGACUCAUGAUCCUGAUAGAGAAGGAAUGGAUAUCCAUGGGCCACAAGUUCUCCCAAAGGUGUGGCCACCUGGAUGGAGACUCUAAAGAGGUAUCCCCUAUCUUCACCCAGUUCCUAGACUGUAUCUGGCAAUUAAUGGAACAAUUUCCUUGUGCCUUUGAGUUUAAUGAAAACUUCCUGCUGGAGAUCCAUGACCAUAUUUUCUCCUGCCAGUUUGGGAACUUUCUUGGAAACUGCCAGAAGGAUCGGGAAGAUCUGAGAGUCUAUGAGAAAACCCAUUCCGUGUGGCCUUUCUUGGUUCAGAGGAAAACAGACUUCAGGAACCCUCUCUAUAAAGGCUCCACUAUGUAUGGGGUACUCAAUCCUAGUACUGUGCCCUACAACAUUCAGUUCUGGUGUGGGAUGUAUAACCGCUUUGACAAAGGGCUGCAGCCCAAACAGAGUAUGAUAGAGAGCCUCCUGGAAAUUAAGAAGCAGAGAGCAAUGCUGGAGGCAGAUGUGCACAAACUGGAAAAGAAACUGAAAGCUCGUGAUGAGCCACCAGAAGAAGUUUGUACCUGUUCUCAAUUAGGGAAUUUAUUAUCUCAGCAUCUGGGAAGUCCUUUGACCAAUCCUCUCAGCUUUAUGGGUAUCGAUGGAGACCUGAAUACCUUGAUGGAGAAUGGUACCCUGUCCAGGGAAGGAGGCCUCCGAGCUCAGAUGGAUCAAGUAAAAAGCCAGUGUGCAGACCUCCACCGUGACUGUUGUGGAAUCAUGGGUAGCCUUAGGGCCAUAAACAUUUCUGGGGAUGUGGGCUCCUCUGGAGACACAGGCAUCACUGGGGCCAUGAGCAUCUCUGGCAACUCAGGCAUCUCUGAGGCUAUGGGCUUCUCUGAAGACAUGAGUAUCUCUGGGGCCAUGGGCUUCUCUGAGUGCAUGGGCAUCUCUGGGGACACAGGCAUCUCCAAGGCCUGCACCAAGGAGGCGGGCUGCUCUAAGCAACAGUAAGCUACUCAUCUGCUUCCUUACUAGGUGUGCCUGCAGCACCCACAAUGAUCCUUGUUCCAAAGAAGGUUAUGCUGCUUUUCCAAUUGGUUUAAAUGAGUGAGGCCAGGGUACCUCUCUUCCCAUUAAGAGUCUGGAAGGGGAUUUAGGGCCUUUACUGGUUAAGCAACCAGUAUAUGCAUGUCAAGUAGCCAAGAAUGUAGGCAAAACAAAGAAUAUGUUAUUGUUCUAGAAUGGGAUUUCACUUUAGAACUGUUGCCUUUCAGCUGAGAUAUUAGGCUGGUUCCAUUAUUCCAUUUUUUUUUUAAUGAUAAACCUCCCCUACUUUUCUACCCUCAUUGCUGUAGCAUGAGAACAAAGUGGAAAUAUUGUCACAGUGGAGAACUAAGACCCUGUUGAGGGGAUGGAGACACAGUGUGCAGCAGAUAACUGAAUUGCAGAAUGGUUUAAAAGAAAAUUUUA